CUAAUUCCGGAACCGCGCGCCGUUUUCCUCGUCGGCGCUACUAUUUAACGUCACAGCCUGCGCGAAUUUUCAAACUUUUUCGGUACGGACACAGUUUAAUUUACGGAUAAGCAGCCGCCGACCGGCCAGUGUCUAACAAUUAAAAGUUAAGUGUUAAACGCGACGAUGCACGACAAGCGCGAAGAAGAACUGGGUCAGAUUCGGAUCGAGCGGCCGUUCUACGAGCACAAACAGCUGAGGGAAGAUUUCCAGUACGAAAAGCCGAAAAGACCGAAUGCCGCAAGAGAAUGGAAAGAAAAUCUGCGUAUAAAAAAAGUAUUCAUAGGAUUUUUCCCAAUAUUAGAUUGGUUAGGAAAAUACAACUGGAAAAAAGAUCUGUUCUACGACAUCAUAUCCGGAAUUACAGUAGCAAUAAUGCACAUACCUCAAGGUAUGGCCUACGCUAUGCUGGGAAAUGUAGCCCCAGUUGUAGGAAUCUAUAUGGCCUUCUUCCCAGUGCUGAUAUACCUGUUUUUUGGAACAUCAAGACAUAAUUCAUUAGGAACAUUUUCAGUCGCUUGUCUUAUGACUGGAAAAGCAGUGAUACAACAUAGUGACCCAGCUUACUUUGAUUCAUCGGGAAAUUCAUCGGAUACAGAACCGACAGGAUAUAGUCCGAUCCAAGUAGCCACGGCUGUUACUUUUGUUGUAGCAAUAGUUCACUUUAUCAUGUUCGUGUUAAGAUUGGGUAUAGUGAGCGCAUUGCUAUCAGAAACAUUGGUUAGUGGAUUCACUACAGGAGCAGCUAUUCAAGUUUUAGUAUCUCAAAUUAAGGAUCUUCUUGGAUUAAGUAUACCUAGAUUUAAAGGAUAUUUCGUGAACGUAUAUACGUUGGUUGCCGUAUUUGAAGAAAUUGGUAAUGUGAACGUAGCAGCACUUAUAAUUUCCUUCGUGACCAUCACAAUAUCUGCCUUAAACAAUGACUACCUCAAGCCUAUAAUUGCCAAAAGAUCGCCAUUUCCGUUUCCAAUGGAACUGGUAGCAGUUGUAGUUGGAACCCUAGUUUCGAAGUAUUGCAAUCUCUCCGAACAGUAUGGUGUCAACGUAGUGGGAUAUAUAGCAGUAGGGCUUCCAUCCCCUGCACCCCCACCAUUCGCAUUACUCUCAGAUGUGAUUGUUGAUGGUAUUACUAUCGCCAUAGUAUCUUACACUAUUACUUUAUCCAUGGCUUUGAUUUUUGCUCAGAAACUAGACUACGAAGUAGAUGCCAAUCAAGAAGCCUUCGCUAUGAGUUUAAGUAACUUCUUUGGUUCGUUCUUCUCGUGCAUGCCUGUUUGCACUUCUUUAUCAAGAUCUCUGAUUCAGCAAGUUGUAGGAGGUGUUACACAGCUGGCAUCUGUAGUAUCAUGUUUACUGCUGUUAGUGGUAUUGCUGUGGAUUGGACCGUUCUUUGAACAGUUGCCAAAGGCAGUGCUAGCCAGUGUAAUAGUCGUAGCACUCAAAGGCAUGCUUCGUCAAGUACUCGAAUUUUGGAAGUUCUGGAAACUGAGCAAAAUGGACGCCGUGGUAUGGAUGGGCACGUUUCUAACCGUUGCCUUUGUCAGUAUCGAUAUCGGGCUACUCUGCGGCAUCUGCCUGUCGUUAGCAUCGAUUUUCAUUUUGAGCUUCAGACCUUAUACUUGCUUGCUUGGUCAAGUUAAAGACACAGACUUUUAUUUAGACGUUAAGCGAUAUAAAUCGGCUAAAGAAAUCGACGGUAUAAAAAUAUUUCAUUAUUCUGGUGGAAUCAACUUUGCUACAAAAACUAUAUUCAAAGAUGAUUUAAUUCGAUUGGUUGGAAUCAAUCCACAAAAAGAAGUAGUUUACCGUGCCAAGCUCGCAAAAUAUUUGGAAAUGGCUGAAGAAACGAAACCUCCAACCAAAACACUAAAUAAACUGGAGAGAGUACAAAAUAAAGUAAACACAGAUUUAAGAUGCCUGGUGUUAGAUUUUUCGUCAGUGAGUUACAUCGAUCCUUCAGGUGUAACCAUGUUAAAAUCUACCAUCGAAAGUUUUACCAAGCUUGAUAUCCCUGUAUACAUAGCAAGCUGCAAAGAACCUGUAUAUGAAAUGCUGACGAAAUGCGAUCCGGAAUAUUGUUCCAAAGCUGGAUUCAGAUCUUUCCCGAGUGUCCACGAUGCUGUCCAUUAUUCCACCGAAUUAUUUAGGUCUAGUUCCAAAUCUAGUAUUACAACCGUUAGGUUAUAGUAAAUAGUAAUUAUAAGAUAAUAUUUAAAUAUUUUGACUGACAUAAGAAAAUAAGGAUUUAGAAUAAAUCAUAUUGAUCACUGGUACCGACGCACAAGUAUCAUAAUAUUCUUUUGAAAUCUAAUAUCAGAAAAAAUCUUCCUACAACUAUGUAUUCAGUAUGCAAGAUAAUCACGAGAGAAAUGGAAGAAAUUUAAGACAUGAAAAAAAAACUGAAACUCCUUAAUCUUUGAGUACAUCGAAAUGAAACAUUUAUAGUUAAAGAUUAACAUUUUAAAAGAUUUAAAAACCAUUAAGCUACUGAACCAAUAACCGUUCUUAUGAAUAUUAGUAUAAAUUUAAUUAAUUUAUUGAUCUGUUCAAUGCCUUAAAUCCUGUUUUUUUUUUAAAUUUGUAAAUAUUGUAAAUAUUAAAAUAUAUGUAUAUUUGUAUUUGAAAGAGAAAA